UCUUUCUCUCUCUCAUAUAAUCUUCGUUGCUUUUUCUUUGUCUUUUCUCUCUGAAUUAUUCAUGGCUACCGUUCACUCGGCAAAACACGGUGGUUGGUUUUUUCUCUUGUCUUUUCCUUAAUGCACGACUUUGAGCUGUUCAUUCCGAGGUUUAGUUUGCUUAAAAGCUGACCCGAACAUGAAGUUCUAUUAGAGCUAAGAUUUGUUUGAAUCUUUAUUUUAAAUUUGUUGCUAUAUCUGGGAGAUGGUAUUCAAAGCAUAAGGAGGUUGAACCAGUGAGGAGACAUGGAAGAAAUAGGUCCAAGACCAUCAUCGUUAGAGAAGAAAGCAAAACCGCAAGAGCAAUUGAAUUGUCCAAGGUGCAGUUCAACGAACACAAAGUUCUGCUAUUACAACAAUUACAGCCUCACACAGCCAAGAUACUUCUGCAAGACUUGUAGAAGGUAUUGGACAGAAGGUGGUUCUCUCAGAAACGUCCCCGUUGGAGGUGGCUCCAGGAAGAACAAGAAGGCCACCUCAUCAAAGGUUCCUGAUUUGAAUCCACCAAGCCUCUCUUCAGUCUCCGCUAUUUCUUCCCAAAACCCUAAAAUGCAAGGAGUCCAUGACCUUAAUUUGGCUUUUCCUAUGGACAAGUAUCAUGGCAUGUCCCAAUAUGUUGAGAUGCCAAAACUUGAAAUUGGUGGUGACAAUACUAGUCACCACCAUAGCCCUUCUUCUGCUCCAACUUCUCUUUCACCAACAUAUGGCAUGUUGCCUAGGGGUUUGAAUCCUUAUGCUCCUAAUUCCUUCAUGCCAAGCUCAGAUUCACUUUACACACCGAUCUACCCCAUGCAAGAAAUUAAACCAAACCUUAGCUUUUCGGUUGAUGGGUUUGGAAAUAGAUCACACGGCGGGGUUCAAGAGAACGGUGGCGGCGGCAGGCUUUUGUUCCCUUUCGGAGACAUCAAGCACCUUUCUGCAGGUGUUGAAGUUGAACACAAUAAAGAACAAGGAAAUAAUCCAACUGGAUACUGGUCUGGAAUCAUCGGAGAAGGUUCAUCAUGGUAAUUAAGUAACGAAAAAGACAUGGAUCAAACCUGCAUUGUUUUCUUUCUUUUUAUCCUUUCUCACGUGAAUCGCUACGAUCUAUUUGUUUGAAGUUGUUCAGAUCACUAACAAUAGGAUACAUCUGGUUACUCUGUUCUGUAUACUACUGCUACGUUUGUAUGGGAGCAAUGUGAGGAUUUUGGUGCUUGUUUUUUCCAUUUAGACAGAGAGGUAGAUAGAAGAAGAGGUGAAUAUAGGGUCUAAUUUUGUUCAGGUCAUGCAAUAGCCUGUAUUCAGUAUUCUUCUGUCAGGAGUAGAUAUAUAUCACCUUUAUUGAUGUAUGCAUGGUUUCAAAGAUUUGGUCGAAAUGACUUUCGAUGAUUAAGGAAAGACUCGGAUACUCAUGUUUGUAACCAUAAUUAUACAUGUAUUUGAUUGAUUGUGUUGUGAUAGUGGUUUGUGUGAUC